GUAAAACUGUCACUUGUGUCCAUAUUGUUGAUAUAUCAAGAUGGCUGAAUUGAGUCCUGGAUAAACCUUUCGAAACUCAAGAAGAAAUUAAAAUUUGACUUGUAUUUCUUGGUAUCAGAGGGAGCGGUGCAUGUAAGAUAUUGAUAGAGUAUCAGGAUGGCACAUCAACUUCAGUUAGAGAAGAAAAAAUACAGACAGUGGGUAAAGGCUGGUUUAGGACUUGGAUAUUUAAAGGAGGGACUGGCGCCGUUCUGUAAUGACAUAGCUGACCAACAACAUAAGGUUAUCUUACAAAACAUUCGGUCUACAAAAUCACUACCAUCAACUGUGACCUGUGGCAGCUGUCAAGUUGAAACUCUCAAACCAGACCAUAAGUCAGUAGGGAAUGCUGGAAACAAAGUUUGUUCUCUUGGGCAAGUAAAAUGCAGCUGCUGCUUUACUAAGGACAAAAGGGCAUGUCCGAAAAACAUAUGUGGCGCCAUCUAUGACUUUAUUGUGCGGCAUCAUGCAUCCUCACCACCUGCACCUUACUGGAAAAACAGCGAUGCUCAACAGUGGUCGAAAGACCCUUGGAGCAUUUGUAAGUGUUUUAUAAAUGCUCCAGGGUACGAACAGAGACAAUCUGCUGGUGAAACUGAUUGUACUGGGUUAUUACAUCUAUUGAUUAAUAAUCAGUAUUUUCAUAGCCACAUUAGAUGCAAUGUCACAGGAACAAACAACCUUUUUUCAAAGGUACGCCAGUAUAGAAAUAAUAUUUUCCACUCAAGCAGUAUGGAAUUAGAAGAACGUGAGGCAAAUGCUUUUAUUGACGAUAUGAUAGCAGUUCUACAAGAUGGUAAGGAGCUAUUACAACGAUCAGAUGCCUUAUUAGCGGUGAAGAAACUUCAAGAUCUGAAGGAGAGGGACUUCAUUAUUACGUCUGAAGGCUUUGAAACAACUCUGAGAGAAAUUAAGGGAGAAAUGGCAAAAGUUCUGAAAUCGACAGAAAAUGCUGCUACUAAAGAAGAAUAUGAUGAUCUGAAGAAGAAGCUAAUACACAUUGAAGCCAAGAUGUCUGAUGAAAAGGAGGGAAAACUGGAAAAUGAAAAAGAACUUGGAAAACUAAAAUUAACAAUAAAAGAAUUCGAAUUCAAAAUGUCUCAAGAAACACUUGAGAAAGCCGAAUUGAAAAAGAAACUUGGAGUCUUGGAGACUCUUGUUUCAGAACAGAAAGAGGAGAUGGCAAAAAUUAAGACAGACACUUCCUCAGGUCAAAGUCAGGCAGAGUAUGAGCACACCAAGUUAGAAUGGCAGAAAGAGAUGAUAGCAUCAUACUGUAAGAAAUUGCUAAAAGUACCAGCAAUGCCUUUACUACCACGAGGUCACAUAUGUAACUUCAGUGAGAUUUAUGUUAGGCCUACAAUAACAAGAGAAAAAAAAGAGAAAGGGGAGACAAAAGAGAUUGAGGUCAAGUCAAUGUCAGAAAUCUUCAUAAAGAAUGAUGUGCCUUUGAAACAUAUAUAUGUUCUUGGAGAAGCAGGGUCUGGUAAGAGUAGUUUCUGUAAAUAUUUGGUCAACUUUUGGUGUAUUGCACACAGUGAUGCACAAAAUGAUGAUGAUAAGUUUGAAGGAGUCAAAGAAAUGAAGAAAUUUGAUAUCAUGUUUUAUAUCUCCUUAAGACAUAAUCAAGACAUAGACAGUGUCCAGGAUAUGAUUAAAAAUCAGUAUGAUAUUGACGUUUCAAGCCCAAUUCUCAAAAAGCACUCUGCAAAGAUUAUAAUAUUGCUUGAUGGCUUAGAUGAAUGGUCUUCUGAAAGAAAGUCCUACAAUCAGUUCCAGACAAUGGGUCUUCCAAAACAGGAUGUUAAUAAAGACUACACAAUCGUAACAACAUCACGGCCAUGGAAAGUUCACACCUUAGGAAUAAGUGAGACAGAAAUUGAACAGUUACUGAAUCUGAAAGGGUUUGAUUGGAUAUGUGAAAGGGAAAUGGUAGAUAGAACAGUCUCACAGUUAAAUUCCAGCAGGCAUGCUAGUAAAGAUGCCUGGGUUUGUAAACAAAAGCUAACAGAAAAGUCCCUGCAAAGUUUAAAAGAGCUACCAAUUAUGCUUCAACAACUGAUUUGUCUGUGGUUUGAUGGUAAACUUGAUAAAACUUCAAGAUGUGCCAUCUACACUGGCAUGUUAGAACUUUUGUUUACCUGGAAUGACAUGAAAACUACAGGAACAAGAACUCGACUCAUGGAGGUUACUCAGAAAGUAGAUCUUCCUAAAACCUUAGCUGAUAAAACAGUAUUAACAUUAAACAGCCAUCUCAUUUAUUAUGUGUCACAGUUGGCUUAUAAGACACUAUUUAAUUGUCCGAAGGAUAAAUCUUUGGCAUUUGACAUUUCUAUGUUUAAUGAACUAGAAAUAUCAGAUGAAGUGAGAGAAAAUUGCUUGAAACUUGGAAUAAUUACAGAAGAUGAAUGUCAAAGUUUAUCUGUAUCCGAACCACCAAGAUCAUUUUUUUCUUUUAUUCACAAAUCAAUGCAAGAAUUUCUGGCUGCAGUGAAUAUUGGUAUAAAUUUCAACGCAAAAAUUGGUUCAUCAGAUAGUACAGGAAAUGUUGAAUCAGCCAAAGAGUUUAUUUAUGAGGUUUUUCAGAAAUGUUCAAAAGUAAAUGACAUAUUAGAGCAGUCAAACGUCAUGAUUAUGUUAUGUGGUCUUGAACCUAGAUUAGCAACACAUGUUUCAAAAAACAUAUAUGAUACUGUGUUUGAAGACUCUCGUGUUCAGGAAUACAGGAGAACAAUUAGUAAGAACUUUGAUAUAUUAGAUAGUUUUAUUACUGAUAUUCAAAAGCUUAUGUUUGAGUCCAUGAAAGAAGUCAAUGCAACAUGUAGUGAAGAAAAUAAUCCUGUAUUUUAUAUUGGAGAUUUGGUAAUUGAUACAAGAGAUCAGAAUUGUGAUAUUGUUUGUACAGGUAUUGAUCAGCAUCAAAUUGUUCCUGACUCUGUUCGGUCUAUUAAUGUAAAUGACAUCAACACAAAAAAUUGUAAAUUUAUAAAAUAUUUACCAAUGUUUCAUUAUCUUGACAAAAUUGCAAUUACAUAUGACCGUAUGCCUACACAAAGGUUAUCAAGUACACAUAAUGAUAUUUCACAGAAUAAUAAACAGAUGAUUAAUGAGAUUAACAAUUGUGUUUCUGAGACAAUUAAAGUAAAUUCUUUAACAUUAAAAUCUCUGACUCGUCAAAGUGUCUUAUACUCUAAUACUGACAAGUAUUACCCAGUCUAUAAAACAGUUGUAAGUAACCUUCCUAGUAUGAUCAAUCUUGUAGCAAUAAGAAUGAGUUGUACAAGAAUGAGUAGUGAUAAUACUACUAUAUUUUGUAAUUUUCUUGAGAGAACCAAUCAUCUUAAACAAAUACAUCUUGCGCAUGUUAAAUGUGAGUGUAAGAACCAGCAUGGUGUAAAUUUAUCAAAACAUCAACAUCUUCAGUACCUUUAUUUGGUUAAUACUGUUAGUGUGAUAGAUGCUGACACUACAAACCUUGAAAUAUUUAAAUUUUAUACAUUGAACAAAAGUAAUUAUGAGACACUAUUUGAUAUUAUUAGAAAAUCUUACAAAUUAAAAGAACUUGAAUUGUAUGCAGAUUCUCACAGUAAAUCUCAAUUAUAUCAUACCAACAUAACAAAGAGACUAGUCACAGUAUUACCAUUGUUACACAAUCUCAGUCAGCUUGAGUUACGGUAUUGUAGGUUUACUGACAAUAUAAUACAGUUACCUUUAGAGAUGAAGAGUUUAAAGAACAUUGUGCUUUAUCGUGUGAUAAUGAGUUUGACAACAUGGCAGAAGUUUGUUGAUAGUAUGCCUAGUAUUUCUCAUACUGUAGAUGUGAGUGUAAGGAACUGUUAUAUAAUAAGAGAUGGUGAGGAGUUUAAUGUUGAUAUGUUUACAUGGACAUUACUAGGAGGACUUGAAGGAGGGAAUGGAAAUGAUGCAAAACAGUAUGUAAAAGAUCAGGAUCAGUCAUUUCAUGUUAAACGUGAUGAUCCUUCUCUGUUUGAAUUUUCAACAAAAAAGUGAAAUUAUAAGGAUACAUGAAGAUUAAAACAUAAGUCUAAAUUAUUUCAUGUUAAAAAGGAUGAUGAUGUGGGUUUCUUUGUUGUUGUUGUUUUUUUUUUUGGUGUGUAUUUUGUUUUAUUUCAACCCAAACAGGUUUGAAUUUUUUUAACGUAGUGGUAGUCUAUAUUUUGUAUGUUAAAAGACACAGUAUUUUUUUUUAUUUUCAACAAAAACUAAAAACUGAAGACUCGCUUGAUUUAGUCUGUACAUGAGCAAUAAUGAAAAGUGCGAAAUCCCUCACGCCCCCUAGCACCGACUUAGGCUGUACUCGAUUUUCAACUCUUAAAAGUGCUGGAAUCAAUGAUAACAGAGGACCAGAAAAACAUAACAACACUGAAGUAAAGUACGUGACAACUUAUAAAACCAUGUUUUUACUGUUUUCAUUUUCUAAUGGUACAGUUUAUUUAUGUAUUUGUUAUAAAAAUCGGUAUUUGGAGAUCUAUAUAUCAUAAUAUUUAUGUCUCAAUAAUAUCCAACCCUCAUGGGGACGUACACGUUGAGAUUUUGGAUAAAACCACUUGGAAUCCUGAACUUUUCUGAACAUUUUGGUCUGAUGAAGUUAAGAUAUUGAUGAACCUGCUAAACUUUGCCCAACAUAUCCCAAUGAAAUCCUUUUAUAAUAUUUCUCAUGAACAGACUUCAAUUUCUAUAUAUAAUUUUGUUUUCAUUGCUUCUCCUUUUCAAAAUUUUGAUAUAUUGGAUUCAAACUGUCUUAUUUCCUGCCACCAAUCUUUAAGCAUUUUACACCAUAUCACUAUCAUGGCUUAACAGAGUUGAUUUUAAAGGUUUCAAGUGAAAAGAAAAAUUCAGAGUAUUUUCGGUGACAUAAUGUGGUUUGGGUCUAUAUGCAAUUGAUACAAUUGUUUAAAAUUGAGGAUUUUUUGUUAAAGUGUUUAACAUGCACGACAUAUGGAAUGAACUGAGUCAUUCUUAUUUUUUGAUGUGUCCCCCUUCUAUAUAUAUAAAUGCAUGGAAGUUGUAGAUGUACCACAACAGAUGCAACAUGUUAGCAAUAAUGGUUUUGACUAAUGUUAUUGAAACAGAUUACAUGCCUUUGUCUACCAUGUUUUUAUUAUUAUAGAAAAUAAAAUAGAAAAGAUGAACCAAUGUUAGCAACUGUUUCAUUCCAAAGCUAUAAACAAUGAAAUUGCAGUUACAUAUUUUAUAAUACAGUUGUCCUUAUAUAAUACGAUAAGAAUUUUCUUUUAAGCAAGUUUUAUCUUAAUUUUCAUAAUAAAUAAUUGAGUAAACAAUUGAAAAAAAUAUAUUAGAACUGUCAUUGAUAGAAAUGAUAUUGAUGUUUCUGCUGACGGCUCUAAUAUUACUUGAAUCAUUUAAAAAUAUCAACAAACUUUGAAUACUGAAACAUUCCUAGCUAUAUUUUUUGUUGUCAAUUUUUUUUUUAAAUGUUGGUUUCCUAAAGUAGAUUUUAAUAUAAAAUUUGUAUUUUAAAAAUAAUUUUGCUAUUUAAUAAUACAAUAGUGAAAUAUUUUAAUGUAGUUACAAUACAUCUUGCACCAAAUAAUUUUCAACUUAUCAAUAAAAACAUUGGCGUAAAAACUCAUGUAAGUGUACUAAUUGUAGUUUUUGCACCAACAAAUUAUUAAGCUGCAUUUACGUUUUUUGUUUUUAUAACACAACAGUCAUUUUUAUCAAAAUUCAGCUUCUUAGGUUCAGAAACUUUGUAUUUCUAUCCAAAUAAUGAAAAAAGUGAUUUUCUCAAAAAAUGUCAGUUACAUGACUUUGUGCUUCAAGGUGAUAUAUACCACUUCCUUUGCAUAUUAAACAUAUCACUGGUAUUUUUAUACCAAACUCUUGUCCCAUAUAUCAUGUAACUGGUAUUAUUAUAUACCAUUUUCUUGUCCUAUGUAUCAUAAGAGUGGUAUUUACAAAUACCAUUCAAUUUUCCUAUAUAUCAUCAAACUUGUACACGUUCAUUUGAUGUUCAAAAAGUUUCUAAUUGGCCAUAUAUUUCAGCCGUCUUUAUUUUCUUUUGCAUUUUAGCAACUAGUACAGUUAUGAUGAAUAAGUAUUAAAUAUGGAUGUGAAAUACCCAUUUUGUUUACAUUGUGCUAAUCUAAUCAUAUUUCUUUUCAAACUCAUUUUUUGCCCGUAAUUAGAAUAUUAACUAUAAUUAUUACAACAUCAUAAAACGCAAAUUUGCCCAUAUUACAAAAAUCUAUUCAUUUCCAGGGCGUAACUUUAAAUGUAAAAAUGGGGAAAAUCAUCUAUAUAGUAUGUUAGUAAACAUAAUUAUGAUAACAUGAAAAUUAUAUUAUGACUUGUGUACUUGGUAUGUUAUGUGUAUUUUAUGCUUACAUAUGCUAUGUCUUAUGAACACAUGCAUCAAACAUUGUGUGUUUGUUACUUAAAAUAUAGAUUAAAUCUUUCAACCUUUAUUUAAAUGUACAUGAUAAACAAAUCUAUAUUGGCCAUGCUUAAAAACCUAAGUAUAUGAAGUUAGGAUAAGUUAAUGCUACAAAAUGUUAUGUCAAUUGUACAAAUAUAUUUAACAUGAAUUUUAAAAGCUUGAAAUGUACAUUUAACAGUAUCUAGUAGACAUUAUUCUGCUAUUAUAAAUAAAAAAUUAAUGUAUGACAGCACUUUUUAAUUUUGAAACUUUCACAAUUUUAUUCAUUUUAUUUGGAACUUUUCUUGUUUAACUUUAAAAAGGCUGUUUUAUAAGAAGAAUCGGAAGUUUGGUUGACUAACAUUUUGUCUAAUAAAUAACAUGCUUUUUUAGGUUAAAAGUUUAAAUUUCAUAAGAAUGGAUACAACACAUCUAUUGAAUUUAUCAAAUAAUGGUAGCAUGUAUUCCAUUAUAGAGAAAUGUUAGCAACAUAUAACAAUUAAAACUUGUCAUAGAACCUUCAUUAGAGCAUUGUUAUUCUGCUGGUUUUGUUAUUGUUAUGCAAUUCUUGAUAAAAAUAUAAUAAAUUUGGUUGAUUGGUUUAGAUAGCAUAAUCAUGUGACUUCUCAUAAUAAAAAAUGA